GAAUACUGUUGCACAACGCGGACCACGAGGCAACAUGGGUAAAGGGUCGAAGAAGGAGGACAAGAAGGCUGCGGCCGUAGCGGCUGCCACGCCAGCAAGUGACCAGCCAAAGAAGGAUGUGCCAAAGAGCAAGAGAUACCGCAAGGACAAGCCUUGGGACCACGAGGGCAUUGACCACUGGGCAAAUAUUCCAUACACAAAGGACGAGGCUGGGGAAAAUACCUUGGUUGAGGAAUCGUCAUUCUCCACCUUGUUUCCAAAGUACCGCGAACAAUACCUCCGUGAAUGGUGGCCCCACAUCGAGCGCGAGCUCAAGAAACAUCACAUUGUCGCUGAGCUGGAUCUGGUGGAGGGCAGCAUGACCGUACGCACAACACGUAAGACGUGGGACCCAUACAUCAUCAUCAAGGCACGUGAUGUGAUCAAACUGCUGGCAAGAAGUGUGCCCUUCCAACACGCGAAACGCGUUCUUCAGGACGAAAUCGCAUGCGAAGUCAUCAAGAUUGCCAAUAUUGUUCGCAACAAGGAGCGGUUUGUGAAGCGACGGCAGCGGCUGAUUGGCCCCAACGGCGCCACGCUCAAGGCCAUUGAGCUCCUCACAGACUGCUACAUGCUCGUCCAGGGAAACACCGUGUCCUGCAUCGGCCCAUACAAGGGGCUGAAGCAAGUGCGCAAGGUCGUGCUGGACUGCAUGAACAACAUCCACCCCGUCUACAACAUCAAGACGCUGAUGAUCAAGCGGGAACUGAUGAAGCGAGAGGAUCUCAAGGGCGAGUCCUGGGAUCGCUUUCUCCCAAAGUUCAAGAAGACAAACCAGAAGAAGAAGAAGUCAAACACGCAGAUUGUCAAGAAGGAGCCGUCGCACCUGCCGCCAGAGCAGCUGCCAAGAAAGGUCGACAAGGAGAUUGAGAGUGGCGAGUACUUCCUCAAGCCGUCUGGAAAGCGCAAGCAGAGCAGCGGUAUCAACAAGAAGAAGAGGAGCAAGAACUAGUGGGCGCUGGUGUUGCUGACGGGAGGCUGUGGUGUCGUUUAUUUGGCUGUUACGUUCGCACGCGCGCGUGUACACACAUACGAAGGGGUGGAAUAAAUGCAGCAGACACGUA